AUGUCUCUGAUUAAGAGUGAAAGGGCCAUUGUCAUGUCCAUUUGGGACAAGAUCUCCUUGCAGACUGAUGCCAUUGGCACAGAAACUCUGGAGAGGCUCUUCCAAAGCUUCCCGCAAACCAAGACCUACUUCCCCCACUUCGACCUGCACCCGGGGUCGCCGCAGCUGCGCGCGCAUGGCGCCAAAGUGGUAGCCGCCGUGGGCGAGGCCGUCAAGAACAUCGACCACAUGCCGAGCGCCCUGACCAAGCUGAGUGAGCUGCACGCCUACAUCCUUCGCGUAGACCCGGUCAACUUCAAGCUCCUGUCCCACUGCCUUCUGGUUACCCUGGCCGCGCACUUCCCUGCCGACUUCACGGCUGAGGUCCACGCCGCCUGGGACAAGUUCAUGUCCAUCCUGUCCUCCAUCCUGACCGAGAAGUACCGCUGAAGGCCGGCCCGGCCGCUGGACGGGCUGCAUCCCCUUCCCGCCCCCGGCAGGACCUUCCCGAAUCCCCAAUAAAUGGU